AUGGGGUUCACUAUCCACGACAUUGCUUUCAUCAAGUGCGAAAAAGAAUCAGAAACCUCCAGUAUAUUCCAAGUAUCUCUACGAGGACGACUUUGUAUAAUGAAAGUGUAUCAUUCUUUGGAAAAGCGACCUUGGGAUCCUACAUACAGAGAGAUAGACCCAUUCAUCUGCGAACACGCAGCCUAUACUCGCCUUAAGGAACGAGGGCUAUGCGAACAAGGGAUACUCCCAGAUUUCUACGCUUCGCCCACCCGCGCUAUCCUGCUGGAAUAUGUUUCGAAUAUGCAAAAAAUAGAUAUCACAACGUAUACGGAAGACCGUGCCGCCACACUUAUUCAAACCCUUCGAAAGAUUCAUGAAGCACGGGUUCACCACGGGGAUCCAUAUCCUCGGAACAUGAUGGUUCAGCUAGAGACAGGUCGUGUGCUCUGGAUAGAUUUCGAUCGCUCCCAGACUUUUCCGACUGGUCCUAUUGCAGACCGGCAGCAUGGGUGGAUGGAAGAUGAUACCAUCAUGACUGUUGACCUUUUGGGCCGUCUUGGACAAGACAUGAAAGCAGGAAGGCUUGACCAGGCAUAUUCCUAUUACUACUAUGGGGCACCAUGA